AUGAGCCAAAACAAAGUAUCUACAGGUAAUAGUUUCUCAAAUGGAGGAAAAUCAAGACAAGUAAUUGCUCCAACCAAAGGUAAAACAGUAACGAAACAAAAAACACUCACUGGUUCAUCAUCAUCAUCACCUAUUCCUACUGCCACGCCAGCUGAUGUUGUUGAAGAUGCUUCUGAUUUGCAAAACUAUACUAUCUUCUGGUUAGAUUCAAACAUUACGCUAGACAACAGUGAUUGUCUUAAUACAAUCACACAGUUACAAUCUAUAGGUUAUACUGUUCGUGUGUUUGAUGAUGCUAAUGAAUGUAUUAAUAUUCUGAAUAAGAUUAAAAAGCAGAAAGUAUUACUGGUAGUAUCUGAUGAACUUGGUCAAAAUAUUCUACCUCGUAUUCAUGAUAUGCAUCAACUCGCAACAGUCUUCGUAUUUUGUAACAGCGAAUCAAACGAUGAAUCGUGGACGAAAGAUUGGAUUAAAGUACAAGGUACUUAUACAAAUAUUAACGAUCUUUGUGAAUCAAUACAACAAAUAAUACGUCAAUACGAUGAAGAUUCUAUAAAUAUUAGUCUUAUUUCCACAAAUGAUACAUCUGAUGGUCAAAAUUUAAAUCAACUUGAUCAAUCAUUUAUGUAUACACAAUUAAUGAAAGAAAUUCUUCUUGAGCUCCCAUAUGAUGAUAAAAAUAUUAAAGAAUUAGUUACUUAUUAUAGUGAUAAAUAUUCUAGUAACGAAAAUGAAUUGAAAAAUAUUAAAAAGUUUCAAGAUGAAUAUGUCAGUAAAACGCCUAUAUGGUGGUAUACUUAUGAAUGCUUUAUUUAUCAUCAGCUUAAUUGGGGUCUUCGAGAACAAGAAGUUGAUGUUAUUAUUAGAAUGGGUUUUUUUAUUUCUGAUUUACUGCAAUUUAUUGAAGAACUUCAUAAAAAACAAGCAAACGAUUUUCAAAACGAAUUUACAGUCUAUCGUGGUCAAAGUAUAUUACCAGAAAAAUUUGAAAAAAUGAAAAAAACAAUUGGUGGAUUGAUAUCGUUUAAUAAUUUCUUAUCAACAAGUUUAAAUAAAGAUGUUGCUGUGAGAUUUGCCAACAAUGCUUUGAAAGAUCCUUCGUAUGUGGCUAUUAUAUUCAUCAUUACUAUUAAUCCAUCAAUCUCAUCGACUCCUUAUGCAUGUAUUGAUAAAUUUAGUUACUAUGAAGCUGAAAAAGAAAUUUUAUUCUCAAUGCCUACUAUUUUUCAUAUAAGUGAUAUAAAACCAAGUGGUAUUAACAAUCGACUUUGGAAUGUUCAUCUUACAUCGACGGGUAAGAGUGAUGAACAGAUUAUUAAUCUAAUGAAACAUAUGCGAGAAGAAAUUCAAGGUUCAUCACCAUUAUAUCAAUUAGGUGCGUUAAUGAUAAAACUUGGUGAAUUUGAUAAAGCUGAAGAAGUAUAUAUUAAUCUUCUUAAACAUACAUUUGAUGAACGUGAAAAAGGUAAUAUCUAUUAUCAACUUGGACAGAUCAAAGACAGUCAAGAAUUGCACGAUAAAGCACUUGAUUACUAUCAACAAGCAUUAACAAUUUAUGAAGAUAAACUUUCUCCAAAUCAUUCUAACAUAGCUACAUGUUACAAUAAUAUUGGUUUGACAUACGAUAAUAUGGGUGAUUAUCAAAAAGCACUUCCAUUUUACGAAAAAGCACUAGAUAUCUAUCAGAAAACUCUUGAUGCUAAUCAUCGAAAUAUAGCUUCACCUUCCAGUAGUAUUGGUUUAAUAUAUAACACUAUGGGUGAAUAUCAGAAAGCACUUUCUUAUUGUAUAACAGCACAUGAAAUUUUUCAAACAAGUCUUUCAUCAAAUCAUCCACUACUAGCUACUUCAUACAGUAAUAUUGGUACAGUAUAUCAGAAUUUGAAAAAUUAUCCAGAAGCGAUAUCAUCAUAUAAACGUGCACUUGAAAUUGGACAAUCAGCAUUACCACCUACUCAUCCAGAUCUUGCCGUAUAUAGACAUAAUCUUGAAUCUAUAUCAAAAAAAGACUCAAACUAA